AUAGUGACACUACACAGAAAGAAGUAGUGGCAAUGGCAGCUGUUGGCGAGCAAUUAACGCUAGCGAGAGAUGUGAAGAGAGCUAUUGAGCUUCUUGAAAAACUGGAAAAGAGUGGAGAAGUGCCAGCUACAAAACUUGCUGCACUACAUAAGGUACUCCAGAGUGAUUUUCUCAAUGCUGUCAGGGAAGUCUAUGAGCAUGUUUAUGAGACAGUAGAUAUUCAAGGGUCACAGGAUAUACGGGCCUCUGCAACAGCUAAGGCAACUGUAGCAGCUUUUGCUGCUAGUGAAGGACAUGCCCAUCCUAGAGUAGUAGAAUUACCUAAAACAGAAGAAGGGCUUGGCUUUAAUGUUAUGGGUGGAAAAGAACAAAACUCUCCUAUAUACAUAUCCCGCAUAAUUCCCGGAGGUGUAGCAGAUCGUCAUGGAGGCCUGAAGAGAGGAGAUCAGCUACUUUCUGUGAAUGGUGUUAGUGUGGAGGGUGAGAACCAUGAGAAAGCAGUAGAAUUGCUUAAGCAAGCACAGGGCUCUGUGAAACUGGUUGUGAGGUACACACCAAAGGUACUGGAAGAGAUGGAGAUGCGUUUUGAUAAGCAGAGAGCAGCACGUCGGCGUCAGUUCCAGUAAAUGUACACAAUUAUUUAAGUAUAAGAGAACAAAUUAAAAUGCAUUUUUUGUUUGAUAUGGCAAUCAGUUUCAAGCAUUAAUAAAUUCAUACUGAAUGUUUCAACCUCUUUCUGGGAACCAGGGUAGCUUCAGUACAACAGCGAGUAUUAAUACUAAUUAAAUUAUAGAAAAAGAAAAAUUAGUCCUUGCAUGAAGAGACUGUGUUAUGUACAAAAGCCCGAUACCAAAACUUUUGCCAUGAACUUCACAUCCUAAACAUGUAUUAUUACUCUUUUUAUUUGUGAUAAUCUCACAGUGGAUGAAGAUCAAGAGGUCAUUUAUUAGAUGUGACUGAGUGUACAUGAUGUAAGUGUAUACACAUGCUUAUUAAAAAUUUAUGGUUUGAUUACAUGAAGCCACAUUAAAAAUCACUGUUCAAAUUAAGAUAAUUGUUCCAAUAUUAGCAGCAGAAUGAUUAAGUAUUUAUAAAUGUUUAGGUCAAUUAAUAGAAGACAGUUAUAAAAGCUGUAGCCCCAGGUGUAGCCAUUAUUCAGUUUAUACAUAUUCAAGCUAUUUUCUAGGCAGCCAUUCCUCAGUAUUACUGUUUUGCACAAUGAAUGCGUGGUAACUUCUUUAUGUUAGCUGUGCUUCUGUUGGCACUGUAUAGUUAUUUAAUUUUUAAUUGAUACUUGUAAACAGAAAGUCAUUUAAUAUUGAUGCAAGAUCUCAUUCUUUGCUGCCUCGUAUUUUCCAGAAGAUAGGUUAUGCCACUUACGCUGAAAAUGAACCAUAUCAUGAUUUCAGUAUAUAUACUAAGAUGGUAUCUGUUCUUUUGGACAUGUCCGAAAGAACAGAUACCUUGACCAUCUUCUUCUUCUGUGCGAAUGCACAAACAGUGCCCAAACUCUUACGGGAAUCGGCAACACGC